AUGGUCAAGGCUGUCGCUGUUCUCCGUGGAGACUCUAAGAUCUCCGGCACUGUCACCUUCGAGCAGGCCGACGAGAACACCCCCACCACCAUCUCCUGGAACAUCACUGGCCACGACGCCAACGCUGAGCGUGGCUUCCACGUUCACCAGUUCGGUGACAACACCAACGGCUGCACCUCCGCUGGCCCUCACUUCAACCCCUUCGGCAAGACCCACGGUGCCCCCGAGGACUCUGAGCGUCACGUCGGUGACUUGGGCAACUUCAAGACCGAUGCUGAGGGUAACGCCGUCGGCUCCAAGCAGGACAAGCUUGUGAAGCUCAUCGGUGCCGAGAGCGUCCUGGGCCGGACCCUGGUCGUCCACGCCGGCACUGAUGACCUCGGCAAGGGUGGUAACGAGGAGUCCAAGAAGACCGGUAACGCUGGUCCCCGCCCUGCCUGCGGUGUCAUUGGUAUCGCCGCUUAA